ACCCCUAGUGCACUGCACCUCUUGCGACUGCUUCGUCCACCAUCGUUCCACAUCAUCGGCCCUUCUCCAGUCGCUUCCACCCCCGUACGACAGGUGCAGUGUGCUUCUAUAGUGGUCUCAAGGCAAUAGGUGGACUGUCACGAUGUCAGGUCUGAUGUAUGGAGCGGGUGGCCGAGGCUUCGAGAAGCCUGCUGAGUCCAACCUGGACUCGGGAGCCGAGGACAGCUUUGCGAAAUACUUUGCCUCGAUGCCCGAGAAGCCGGACGGGAUGGUCAGGCUCUUUGAUCGAGCAGACUACUACACAGCGCAUGGAGACGACGCGAUCCUCGUCGCCACCUCCGUCUUCAAGACCCUGUCCAUCAUCAAGUACUGGGGCGGGAGCUCCAGCUCCAGCAGUGGCGCCAGCGGUAGCAAGAAGGGCCUACCUUCAGUCAAUCUCAGUGUAGCUGCUGCCAAGGCCUUCUUGAGAGAUGCUUUGACAAGCAAGCAGAUGAGGAUCGAGAUCUGGAAAGGAGGUGGAAAGAGGUCGAAUACUUGGAAGGUGGACCGACAGGCUUCGCCCGGAAAUCUUCAAGAUGUAGAGGACCUCCUCUUCAUGUCGUCUGACAUUACGAGCUCGCCGAUUGUCAUGGCGCUUAAGUUGCGAUCAGUGGACGGAGUGCCGCAUGUUGGCGCUGCUUUUGCAGAUGCCACGAAUAGAGUGCUUGGAGUUUCAGAAUUUGCGGACAAUGAUCUUUUCAGCAACGUCGAGUCUCUGGUGAUUCAGCUCGGGGUCAAGGAGUGCCUUCUUCCCGAUGAUGGCAACGACCCAGAUCUCCAAAGAUUGAUCAAAGUCAUUGACAGCUGCGGAGUCAUUCAGACGCUACGCAAGAAGAGUGAAUUCAACAGUGGCAGUGUAGAGCAAGACCUCAAUCGCCUGCUCAACGAGGAGAAUGCCGGCGCGACCUUGCCAGAAUUCUCAAAGAAGAUUGCAAUGGGGUCGAUGAGCGUCCUGAUGUCGUACCUGGGCCUUCUACAUGACGAUACCAACUUCGGACAGUAUGCCAUCUCGACGCACGACCUCUCUCAAUUCCUGCGACUGGACGCCUCAGCUGUGCGAGCGCUCAGUCUCUUCUCUGAGCCAGGAGCGAGCCGAUCUAUGAGUGUCUUUGGCCUGCUGAACAAGUGCAAGACCUCUCAAGGCACUCGCUUGCUGGGUCAAUGGCUCAAGCAGCCUCUCGUCAAUCUGCACGAGAUCAAUCGCCGGCACGACCUCGUUGAGAUCUUCGUUCAAGACUCCAUGGCCCGACAGACGCUGCAGAGCGAGUAUCUGAAAUUGAUGCCUGACUUGCGAAGGAUCAGCAAGAAAUUCCAGAAGCAAGUCGCAUCCCUCGAGGAUGUCGUCAGGGUGUAUCAGGCUGUUCUGCGCCUCGGCGACCUCGUCGAAGUCAUCACAAGCGCUGACACGCCCAGUCAGCGACAUGGCAAAGUUCUACAGGAGGCCUUCGGCAAUCCUAUCAAGACGUCAAACACAAAUCUGGCAAUGUUCGUGGAGAUGGUCGAGGCGACUUUGGAUCUCAGCGAACUGGAGAAUCACAACUUCGUCAUCAAACCCGACUUCGAUGAGAAGCUCCGCACGAUCAAAGACAGCCUGGAUCAGGUUCGAGAUCAGAUCGACGAACAGCACAGGCUGGCGGGCAAGGACCUAAAGCUUGACAUUGAGAAGAAGCUUCACUUGGAGAAUCACUCGACGUACGGCUACUGUCUGCGCGUGACUCGAACGGAGGCUAAUGCCAUCAAGGGCAAAAGAGGGUACACGGACAUUGCUACGAUCAAGGGCGGCGUGUACUUCACCACGAGCGCACUCAAAGAGCUCGAUGAAGAAUUCCGGACAUUGUCUGACCAGUACAGUACGACCCAGAGCAAGCUGGUGCAAGACGUCAUCGGCAUUGCAGCGACAUACUGCUCCCCUUUGGACCAGCUGAACAUCAAGCUGGCCGAAUUAGACGUCAUCGUCGCCUUUGCGCACGUCUCUGCGAAUGCUCCUGAGCCGUACACCAGGCCUGACCUCGUCGAGAUGGGCGGCGAGCGACGCGGCGACCUCAAGGUAGUAGCAGCGCGUCAUCCAGUACUAGAGGUGCAGGAGGACAUUAGCUUCAUUGCCAACGAUGUCGAGAUGGUGCACGACCAGUCUGAAUUCCUCGUCAUCACCGGACCGAACAUGGGUGGAAAGUCGACUUUCAUCCGUCAAGUCGGCAUCCUCGCCCUGAUGGCCCAGGCUGGCUGCUUUGUGCCUGCCUCGCAAGGAGCUCAGUUGCCCAUCUUCGAUUGCAUCCUCGCUCGUGUAGGGGCGGGAGAUUCUCAAGUCAAGGGCGUGUCUACUUUUAUGCAGGAGAUGCUCGAGCUGGCUCAGAUCCUCAAGACCGCCACUCCUGACUCGCUGGUACUCAUCGACGAGCUAGGCCGCGGAACCUCAACAUACGACGGGUUCGGUAUCGCCUAUGCCGCUUCCGAAUGGAUUGCGACAAAGGUGAGGUGCAAGACGCUCUUUGCCUCUCACUUUGCCGAGAUCACCUCGCUGGCAGAGCAGAUCCCGCAUGUGCGCAAUCUACACGUUGUAGCCCACGUCACGCAGCGCAAGGGUGGUGGAAAGCAGGACAGGGACAUCACUCUCCUCUACCAGGUGAAAGAAGGCAUCUCCGACCGCUCCUACGGUAUUCACGUUGCGGAGCUCGCUGGAUUCCCAGAGAGUGUUAUUCGUCUUGCGAAGCGCAAAGCUGAGGAGCUCGAGGACUACCAGGAAGACGAGGAGGAGGAAGAGGGAGGCGAGGGCGAUAAAGGAGCGGCAGCUGUACGGGCUGCUGCGAAGUUGGACCUGCCCAAGGAGGUGACGGAUGCUGGGACUGCCCUUGUCGAGGAGUUCCUCCAGACGUGGGUGAAGAGAACCUCUGCCCUCGCUGCAGCCCAGUCGGAGGAUGCAUCAAUGCAGGACGGCGACAGCGCGGAGGGAGCCGUCAGUAGGAAGCGGGCUAGACUGGACGCUUCGGUUGAGCUGGCCGAGUUGAGAAAGGUCACAGAGGAGUACAGGGAGAGGAUUGAGAGCAACCCCUGGGCAAAGCAGGUCCUUGCGACCUUCUAGAGCAGGCACGCCGGGGCCAUGUGCACAGCGCUGGUAAUGAGAAUGAUAACGACGAACGUUACUGACGUCUAGUGAUAGUGUUGAUAUAUGUACAGCUGUCAAAACACCCACACAUUGAGCACGAAGAGUAUAGGCCUAAUUCCCUGGUCCGCAA